AUGGUUUAUGUUCUGCUGUGUUCUAGAUUCAUUUUUGUCCUUCUUAUUAGUCGACAAGGAAAAGUGAGGUUGGACAAAUGGUAUUCAGACUAUUCACAGAAGGAAAGAAAACUAAAAGGCUUUGAGUGGGGUGAAUAUCUGAGUCGAGGGCCCAAGCUGGUUAAUUUGUUUGAAUGGAGAGGGCUAUUAAAAGUUGUUUAUAAAAGGGUAUCUAGCCUAUAUUUUCGUGCAUGUGCAUUUGAUCAGGAUGACAACGAAUUAGAAGUCCUUGAAAUGAUCCAUCAUUAUGUGAGGAAGAAUUUAUGGAUCGGAUACUUUGGCGAGUGUGAGUGAACGGUUUGUGAGUUGGAUUUGAUCUUCAACUUCCAUAAGGCCUACUACAUAUUGGAUGAGCUUUUGAUUGCUGGGGAGCUCCAGGAGUCGAGCAAGAGAACAGUUGCCAAGCUAAUAGCUACGCAGGAUUCAUUGGUGGAGACUGCAAAAGAGCAGGCCAGUUCCAUAAGUAAUAUUAUUGCCCAGGCCACCAAGUAAGAUAUGAAAGAGCAAUUGUAUUUUGUAUUCAUUGACUUUGAGGUGCCCUGCUGCCAAUUGUUGAUGUUCAUUAUAAUUUUUUCUUUUGAUCUGUGAAAUAUAUGUUAUGCAUGUAUUUUACUAUAUUAGAUAGCAUUUGUGAUUCACCUAAAACUUUAUGUCAAAUGUGAUUCAUAUUCCUUAUAUUAGGGCUUUUAUCAACUGAGGCUGAUUACAACUUAAAUGCAUUGUGAAAGUGUGAAUGUUGUUGGCA